AUGGACGAAGGAUUUAGCGUGGACUUUGGAUCCUUUGAUGAAAACACAUGCAAGACAGGUCCAUUGACUCAUGAGACCAUACAUGAUGCUGACAAGACAUUAAAUCAAUUGAUUCACAAUGCAAUUUCGACAAAAUCCAUCAAUUGGAUGACAUUACACGCGAUUCAAGAUAUACUAGAAAGGAAUCCUUAUGAUAAAGGCAGUGUUACUAAUACAAUUAGAGAAGUUCACGAAUAUCUACAAAAUCAGAAAGAUACAUUAUCGAAAAUUUUAUUUUGCAUGCUGAUGUUCUAUACAUGUACUGAUGAUAAUGAUAUCUUCAAACAGUAUGAGUCAAUUAGCAAAGAUGUAAUUUCAGAUAUUCUUUCAAACUCGAAUCCUUCCUUACUUGAAUCUGUUCUCUAUGUAUUAUGUUUGAAAGGGAUUCAAUUAUCUAAUGACAUUAUGGAAUAUACCAAUCAAUUGCUAAUGAAACAAAACAUUGAUUUCCUGGGAUCCGAAAGGAUCGUUGAAAACCUGGUCAAGCUUGGAAUCCGUCCACCACAGUCAUAUUAUAUGAAUAAGAAAUCACUUGUUGAAAGAAUAAUCUCCCAUAAUGGAUUAACAUCUUUAUCAAUUUUACCAAUCGAAAUAAUCAAAGAUAAUGUUGAUAUUUUUAUCGAUUAUUCUAAGGCUUAUGAUAUAAUUAUGUAUUGCUUUCAACAUAACAUUAAAGCAAUCGAGUAUUUUGUUGCGUUCAUUGAUGAAAACAAUAUGAAUGAUGAAAUCUGGAACAUACUGAAAAACCAAUCGGUACAUUUGCCUUUCAAACUCAACAAAUAUGCCAUUCAAAAGUCAAAAGAAAGUCUUUCAGAUGCAGAAUAUUGCUUCAAGUUCAUGAGCUAUGCAUUAGAUUAUGAAACAAUCAAAGAAAUAAUUAAGAACUCUCAAAACAAAGAUCUCUUGAAGGAUAUAAAUCUCUCAGAACUGAUUGAUAUUUCUAUCAAAGAUAACGAACUCUGGUCAAACAUAAUUGUAAGGUAUGUUGCAACAGCAGAUGCUUAUGAAUCAUUUUUGCUCUGUUAUGCGGAAGAUCUCAAUGAAACAGUUUCAGAAAUGAUCUCCAUUUUUGUUAAUGAUGAGAAGAAAUUAGAAGCACUUCAAAGAUUCCUAACCAAUUUAAUUGUCUCUCACCCAAAUAUCACCAUUGAUCCUUUUUCAUCUCCAAAUGCAUUAAACAAGAUAAUAAAUGUAAUCAAUGAUAUUCCAUACACGUUUUGGAAAGUUCCUUUCACGAUACAAAGUACAAAAAUUGAUCAAAAUUUAGAUGAUGAUAAGAAGAUUUCAUUGUUCAUUGCAUUUUCAAUUUCAUCAUUAUUUGGUUAUUGUUCUCUAGAUCCAACAUCAUUUAGUUCGGUCAAGAUAUCUGAUAAAGAAUUCAAAGAAAUCAAUGACUUUAUCCAUUCAAAAGAUUUCACAGCAACAUCUUUAUUUGUUCCUAAGUCAUUUUCUAAUCAAUCAAAGAUAUUUUAUUAUCAUUCAAUAUUAUAUUGGAACUCAAUGCAUUUUGCCCAUGACAAGAACUAUUCAUUCUUUCCACCUGUCCCUGAAAAUGUUCUUUACUUUGUCUAUAUUGGAGGAAAGAUCGCAGAUUCAAUGGAGAAAUUCGAAACCAAAACAAGGAUAAAUGCAAUUGCUUAUUGCAAGUAUUUCUAUGAUUCAAUCAAUGAUAACAUGAGUCAUAUCAAUAAAAAUUGCUAUGACUGCUUAGAGCUCUUACUUGAGUAUAUUGUUAGAGAUAUUUCAUCCAUAAUGAAAACUCAAGCAAAAUCAAGAGCUUCUCUCUAUUUCACUAUUGAUUUCCUCAAAAAUCUUUGGAAAUCCAAUUUGCUAAAUAACAACGUCAAAUUAUCAAUGAAGUUUAUCAAUGCAUUUUUAAAUCUAUUUAAUACAAAAUUUGAUAAAUCAUUAGCAAUGGUUGUAAUCGAUAACUUCCAUGAUGUAAAAGAUGAUAUUUUAAAGAUGGUUUCAAAGUAUGCAAUUCCAAUAGUUUGUAAUUUCUUGAGUAAUGGCAAUCAUGAAUUAACCUUAUCACUUAAAAUAGAUCCAAAAGACAUCAAUUCUGCAAUAUUUGAUAUAUUCUUUUCUGAUAUCAAGAUUAACAAAAUAACAGCAAAGAAUUUACUUGGAAUAGCAAAAAUUGUCAGGAAGAUAAAUCAUCCAUAUUUUACAGAACGAUUCUUGAAUUGCUGUAGUUAUUUGAAUAACGAUUCAAUAUACGCCAUUAUUCCUUUCAUUCCUUCAUCAUAUUAUUCUCCAAAUGACAAAGAACUGCUGAUUAAAAAGGUUGUAGACUACAUUAUGACAACAGAUGAAUUCGUUAUAUCUAAUCAGUUCGACAAAAUUUUGAGUAUGUUAAUGGACUAUAAUGAUAGAACCUUAUCCCAAGUUUACAGCUUGAUGUACACGCGAGAAUCCGGAAGAAUCACUUUAACAUCAAUCUUUUCUCAAUUAAUUGAUUCAUUUCUUGAUACGCCUCCAACAUACAAAACGAUUACAAUGAUUUAUCGUCCAAUUGAAAGAACAUCAAACUUGAAUUUUGUUUUCAGAGAAAACAUUGAUCAAUUCAAACUCACUUCAUCAACAUUUCUUAAUUUCAUUGAAGAAAUUAUUCACAUGCUUAAUACAGAGUAUUUUCAAAUUGCUUUGUUUAUUUUGCAAUUAUUAGCUAUCAAAUCCCCUCUUCAUUUUCUCUAUAUGAGAAAUGUAUCAAUUUCAAAAUUAUUUGAUGAUAUAUUCGCAAUUGGAAGCAAGUAUUAUCAAAAUAACUCUUCAUUAACAUACGAAGUUAUUACAACUCUAAAGUUUUUGACACAAGUUGCUGGAUUAUCACAUUUAUUUAUUCAAUGGAGUAUCGAAAAACUCAACUCCGAUAUUGAAAAAGAAAGUAUCUUUAUUAUUUUGGAGGUAUUUUUCAGCUUAACACAAAUCGAUUUGACAAAUCAUUCUCCAACAAUGAAGAUCAUCCUUAAUGGAUGGGUAAAACUUUUCGAAAUGAUUCUGAAAACAAAUAACUUAAGAGUCAUUGAGUUAUCUUUGUUGAUUCAUAAGAAUCUUGUUGAGAAAACUCUCAAGAAGAAGAAUUCACAGGUUAUUAAUUAUGACAAAUUCAUUCAUGCUGAAGAUUCCUUUUUGUUUGUUUAUAAAACAACAGAUCUCUUUCAUUCUACAGGAAUCUAUAUCCAAAAAGAUGUUGAAUUAGAUGAAAUUACAAAGAUUAAUAGAUCAAUUUGCCAUAAUUGGAACUCUCCAGAAGAAAUUAAUCGUUUGACAAAAGAAUUUAUUUUCUAUGAAGAAAAAUCCCAAUUUCUUGAUGUUUCAUUAAAUAAUGUUCCUGAUGAUAUAAAGUUGAUGUAUUAUCAAUCAAAUGUUCCUAAUGUUCCAAAACUUCUCGAUAUUAAUGAUAUCCAAAUUAUUGAAAAAUCUCCUGAUUAUGUCGAACAAUGGAUUUCUGGUGAUAUUCAAACUCUCGAAACAUGCGAAGAAUAUGAGAAACUUAUUGAAUGCUUAUCCAUUUUGAAUUCUUUGAGAAAGCUUGAGGUUCAAACAACAAAGAUCCCUCAAAUUUAUUCAACAAAUCUCUUUGAUGCUUUGGUUCGAAUUUUUGUCCAAAAAAAUACAAACCAGAAAAUUAGAAUCUUUUGUUCUGAAAUUUUGGCAAAUUACUGCACAGAUGGUAAACUAUUUUAUCCAAUUUUCUCUAAAGUAGAAAAGUAUCUUAAUUCAAAUGAUAUUGAUCUCAAUGAAUACUCGAAUCUCUUAAUCAUUUUGAACAGUUCAUCUCAAAACUUCAUUCCACUUUUUGAAUCAAAGAUUCUUAAUAGUUUAUGUGAGAAAAUCCAAAGCAAAUUAUAUGAACUAACUCAAGAUUCAAUGAGAAAUUAUUUGCAAAUAAUAUCAAAAGUCAAAAAUAGUAUUGAUAUCGAUAUUACUUCAUUUAUCAAAUACUCAUUAAUCAAAUGUGUUAGCAAAUGCGAAAAUUACAUCACUUCAAUCUGGUUGAAGAUGAACAAAGAAGGAAAAGGAGAAUUACAAACUUUCGUGAGAAGUCAUGUCGAAAAAACUCUUUUGCAAUUUGAUCAAAACACAAAAUAUGAACCAUUAACAUUCUUAAAAUUUAUGACAGAAGAUGAAUGUAAUUCAUUUCAAAAAGAAAUACUCAACGCAUUAGACAUCAGCUUAAAGUUCUAUCAUCCAGGAAGAGCUAAAUCUAUUUCAUCAAUGAUCAAUGUUGUUUGCCCAAGAAGAGAUCACAGUGGUCCUUUGAAGCAGAUCACAAAACAAUUCAUUGAAGAUCAGAUGAAAUCAAACAUGAAAAUCAAUUUACCCAAAUCUCUUUGUGAAAACGAUUUUUGGGCAAUUUUAAAGAGGAAUGAAAAACAAGUUGAAUUCCUUUCAAAUGAUAUUGAAUCAUUAAACGAAGUUGUUCUUUUCAAAUGGUAUCCUGAAAUCGUUUCAUUCCCAAUGAAACACAAAGACUUCGUGAGGAAAGAAAGGUCCAAAUUGAACUAUUGUGAAUUCGACAUUGAAAUCGAAAGAAAUAAAAUCAUUGAAGAUACAAUUUCUACAAUAUUAGAUAAGUCAGAUAUGGAUAUCAUGAAAUCAAUAAUUUAUGUUCAUUUUGUUGGAGAAAAAGGCAUUGAUGAAGGUGGUUUGUUCAAAGAUUGGAUUUCUUCAUUCAUCAGUAGUAUAUUUGAUGAAAAAGAUAGUUAUUUCUAUCUAAACGAAAGAGGAAGACACGAGCCAAAGAAAAUUAUAGAUGAAUCAUUGAUUGAUGAUUACGAUGAUCUAUUGAUGGUUUAUGGAAUGAUUUUAGGAAGAGCAUUGAUAGAAGAUAUUCCUAUAAACAGAAGAAUGGAAAGUUAUUUCUAUAAAUUCCUAAAAGACAGGAAGCCAACAAUAAGAGAUGUCAAAGCAAUUGAUGAACAGAUAUAUGAUUCAUUGAUGUAUAUCAAAGAAAAUGAUGUUACAGAUCUUUGUUUAACAUUCUCUUUAUCAAUUGAUAACAAAACUAUCAAAUUGAUUGAGAAUGGAGAAAAUGUUGAUGUUACUAAUGAAAACAAAGAGAAAUACAUUGAGUUGUAUAUCAAUCAAUUCAUUCUCAGAGACCAUGAAAGAGAAUAUAAGAUCAUCAGAGAUGGAUUCUAUUCAGUAAUAUCCAAAGAGGAAUUGAACUGCUUUACUCCAUUGGAAGUGGAACUUGCUAUUUGUGGAUAUUCUGUGAUUGAUGUUGAAGAUUUCAUUAAAUGUUGUUCAUAUGAACAUCCAUUCACAAAAGAUCAUCAAACAGUGAAAAUGUUUUAUGAUGCAAUAAGAACAUUUUCUAAUGAAGAGAUGAAUUUGCUAAUCUCAUUCAUAACUGGAAUGUCUCAAGUUCCUUCAGGAGACUUAAGCAUUGUUCUCUCUUCCGGUGGUGAUCCUCCUCGCCUUCCAACAGCACAUACAUGUGUAAAUAUGAUCAAUAUUCCAUUAUACUCUUCAGUCGAAGAGAUGUCCAAGAUGCUUAAAAUAGCAAUAACCAACUGCAAAUCAUUUGAAUUUGCAUAA